AUGCUAGGCAAUGGGACUUCUUUAGGACGUCAGCGCUCUGAAAGUUCAAGUGCUGGCAACGACAGCACCAGCAAUAGCCGACCAUGCAUUAGCCACACUGGCACUCCUCCGAGCAUGACGCGUCCUUCUGCCGGCAGCAUCCCAAAAACCGGUGCGGAUAUCAGCAGCACUUGGAAGAAUUCGCCUACCGGCAGCAGCGGGAGCAGGAUCUCUCAUCCCAGAAGUAGCUCUAGUCGCAAUAAAAACGGCGCAGAUGCUCGCCGUGGAAGCAGCAAUAGGAGCACCGCAUGUGGCGAUGGGGGUAAUGACGACACGUUCGUGAGUGAAGCCUUGCUACGAGAGAUUGUUUUUGAGGAUUAUUCCCGUGCUUCUUCGUGGGAGCGCUUGCAGCAUCAGCUGCUGUCUUCUGUUCGCUCCCUCAAGAUUGCCGUUGCUCGCCACCGUUUCCUACGUCAAGUGGAUGCCGCGAAUGCAGAAGCAGCAGUGCCGCCUGUUGCCUCCGCCCCCCAUCAACCUAUGCGCGCAGGGGAUGCGUUAAUCAACAAAAGCGGCAGCUGGCACACCUGUGCGGAGAUCCUCCCGCGGUGUGCUUGCGCAUGUUCUUCCUUAGCUCAAGAGCAGCAGCAGAGCUCUUUGUCUAUGCAGCUGUUCGCACCUCUGGUGCUUCAAACUCUGCUAAUUAAUCCACAGCACCAAACCCACCCCCUGGGCAGCGGGGGCCAUCGCGAACUGCGCUGUGUUUCGGAAUAUCUGAGCCUUGAAGCAGUUCAGCUACCACCCGGCAGUCGCCGAACAGGAGCGAAGAGCCAGCAGGCUGUGGCUACUACUAGCGCUGCAGACACCGCAGGGGCGCUACAAAUUGCAAACCAUCUCCUGAUGAAGCUGCCACUCUUUGCCGUUCACUCACCGCAACAUGAGGAGUGUAUAGGCACCCAUGUACUUUCCAGCCAAAAGGCCACCACCACCGCGUGUUGCUCAAGCUCACGUGCAGAAGAAACAGCAGAUAUUAGCGGAGCAGCACCAUCUACGGAAGCGGCGGGGAACGCAGUGAGGACAGAGCGAUGCGAAGGAAGCAUUGCAGCCAAAGCCACUGAUAUUAGCCCCCUCCUUAUAAGGGAGUAUGCUUCCCAUUGUCUGUCUUCCAGCUUUGCUUUCGGCGAUUGGACCGAAGCAAACCCACACCAGGGGCACCCAACAAUCUGCGCGCUGCAACGCCUCGCGGUUACCGCCCAAUACACGUAUUUCCUUCCUCGACAGUGGCAGCACACUUCGUGGCGUAAACUUCAAAACUGCACGUCCGCGGCAGCGGUAAAAGCCCCGCAUGAAGCGUGGUGGCUGCAAAGUGCGCCCGGUAACGCUUACGGGGAUAGCGAAGGGACCAACAGCAGAAAAAGUGCCAGCCUCAUCGAUGCUUGGCGCGAGAUAGGAGUAGGGGCAGCCACGCCACCUGAGGAUACUGAAGGCAGCACGACUCCGACGGCAGACAUGUUGCUGCAGCUGCUACUGCAACAGCCCUGUCCGUUUCAGGACUUGCAUGUGAUUUGGUGCUCGCCGCUGCAGACACUAAAAGACUUCUGCGGAAGCAGUUGCAGCAGCAGCAGCAGCAGCAAGCCGGCCGCUGCCGCAUUGGAUUGCCGGCUCAGACUGACGGUGCAUUCUUCAUUGCUACACAUGCACAAUAAGCUUCUGCGGAUCCACGAAAACUCGAAGAAGCAUUCGCAAGAGUACAAUAUUCUCGCAAAUGUUUUUCAGUCGCUGAAGUUUCUACAGGGGGAUCCUCUGGGCGACCACUGUAGAGCUACAAGACGUAUUUACAACCUGAGCAUGCUACUGCUCGCCUGCAGCAGCAGUACCAGUAAUAGCAGUACCAGUAAUUAUAAGGCCGUCUCCCAGCAGCCACUACUUUCUGUGCGUCCCAAAAUCCUGCGCCGUAUUGAAAGCAGCAUUCGGCAGCCAGAUAUGUCGAUCUGCCGGAGGCGCGGCUCUGCUGUCAGCAGACGCAGCAGGCACAGCCACGACAGCCGCAGCAGCGGAAGCAGUAGCGAUGCGAGCGAUGCAAGCGGCGUGGAGGCAGCGUGUGUCGUAGAGGCAAGCCUGCAGCAGCUAUUCAGGCCUAUGAGGCGACAGCAGCAGUUGCUAAUUCAUGAGCAGCAAGUCAAGCGGCUAUUGCUGAUCGGAAGAAGCUCCCGCGGCGUUAAGUGCAGCUGCUGCUCCAGUGCAUGCAGCUGCUGCGGCGUUGACGGGGCGUUUGGCAUUCUCUGGGGAAGCAGCAGUAGCGGCAGCUACUUUUCUGAACUGGCACUCAUGGCUGGGGAGUGGCAAGGACUCCAGCAGUUACAGCGCUUCUGGCAUAGGCUGGUCAUGCAGCUUCGCGACAUGUGGGAGAAGGGACGGCUGCUGCCGCGUAUCGUUGCAGGCCUUACAGCAGCAACGGUGGCAACAUGCCAAGCGGAAGCCACGCAAGGCACAACCGAGGAGGGACAGAAGUGGAGCGCCUUCGCUGCAGCGAGAGGCAUAUCUUGCUGCCCAGAUGGACCCUGUGCACUGCCCGACUUGUGCUGUACUCCCCUGCAACAGCUGUUCCAACAGCUGAACUGCGCGAUACAACAGCGCCGCUUGCAGUGCCUCCUGCAUCAGCUGCCGCAGGAGCAGCCGCAGCAGCCUUUUGAAUCCCUGCGCUUCGUGCUGCCUUCUCCCGAGGAUCUCGCUGGCUUCCACGAACCCAUCCUGCCGGUGCUCCCCCCCAUCACCGAGCAAGCCAAGUUGAUGUGCAGUACUUUAAUGCCCCCCAGGACACCCCUGCCUGCCCCUGCACAGUCCGAAAAUCUUGGAGGCAGCCCGCAGAAUCCCCUCGGGGCGGCCUGCCCGUCAGUGGCGCAGUCUUCGACCAGCGCAAGUGUAUGCACACCCGAUUUCAAUCCUGCAUGGUGGCAGCACUGCUUCACCGGCCUGCCGCAGAGCGCAGAGCAACUGGUGCUUCAAGGGGAAUAUCUGCUGCGCCAGCGGGAGGCAACACGAUCGGCUGCGGCUGCAGCGUUGGCUGGCGCGACACACCCCCUCGGUGCAAUGCAAAGGGCGGCUAUGGCCGCAGCUCAUCUAGUGACGACUGAAGGGCCGCCAGACUCGCAAAGAACUGAUCCAAAAAGGAUGCAUUUGGAGGCAGAGGUUGAGGGGGAGAUGGCUUUACAUGGACUCGAAUCUCUCACAGCCCCUGAUCUGUUGGGACACCUUUUGCGGAUUCUCGUGGCCUCCCUGUCUGAACAGUGUCGGCUUGCCUGCGCAUGCGUUCUGGCCGCUGCUCCAAGCUGCGACGGGGGCAUCAGACGUUGCCUAUACACUCCCGGAGUUGCUGCUGUAUGUUUUGAGCGCAGUGGCCGCGGUGUCCAUGCCACGAACAGCACCAGCACCAGCUGCAGAGGAGCUCUGUUUCCUUGUCACAUUCCUGCUCUGCAAGCUGCUGUAGACGACCUGCAGCGGCACGCAAUCGCGCAUGCGGCAACGAUCCCCGCGGCCGCUUUUAAGGACGGAUCCUCGUGGAUACCGUCUGUGGCGUUGCUUGCAGCAUGUCUGAGAUGUGAGUACAUGUUCUCUGCUGCUGCUGGCCUCUGCCAGGUGUUUGGCACCGAUCCAGCGGCUCUACCCAUAGUACGCCGAGCCCUACAGCUACUUCUCCAGCAACUGCAGCAACAGGAACACGCUGCAGCAAGAGGCACCAUCGAGCAGCGUACUACAGGCCUUGAGGGCUGGCAGGCAGGAGAGUGUCCAGAUGCAGAGUGCGACAUAUUAGUGCCUAUACUGUCUUGCAGUGAGAAGCGCGCGUUGCAACACGUGUUGCAUCGAUGCAGUGGCGACCUGGACUGUGACUCGGCCAUGGGAACUUCUGAUGAUCCAUGGGAUGUGCGCCUCCCAUGGCCUCCGUUUGCUGAGGAAUACAUUUUCCUCUCCCAACCUGCCGAAACAGGCGCUCACGAGCAUAGAGGGCGCUUCUAUUGCAGAAAACAGCACGGCGACAGGGCUUUCGCAGUAGCCAUAGAACGAUCCUUUCGGUAG